CGAUAAUUCACUUUUGACGAGUUGAAAAUUCUGCUUGUGGAUUUAUGUUUCCGAAACCUUUCUAUUUUUCCUAAUUCCAGAUGCUCGCGUAGCUAUUGCAGACUUCUUUCACACCUCACGGCAGCUUGAGACUGAGCGAAGUCGUCGGGACCCACCUGGGAAACAUUCUCGAAAUGGACGUGGCGCUCACUCAAUAUCAUCAACUCUCAUCUAAAUUUACUCAUCUCAUCGUUCAGGCACCGUUGUCGGGGAUCAUCAUCGAUAACACUCAACUUGUCCUUGCGGCUGCCACGCUUUCCAUCACCAUGGCGUCCCUCCAGCAGCCUCGUCGUGUCGCCGAAAUCAUGCUCUCAUGGCUGGGUCUCGAACUCGUCUCCCUCACUGAGCUUCAAUCGCUUUGGGCAGGCUACGGCCACAUCUGUGCCCUGACUGCAAAGCUUGCCGACACUAAUGGUGCCGCCAAUUCGGACCAAAAGCCGCUCCCGAUACGCUCAGAAGAGGAUGGAACAUAUCGCCUCAUCAUCAAGCUCAUCUCACCGCCACGCGCAAAGGGAACAGAUGAGGGCCACCUGCGCAAGAUGUUGAGCUACGAGGUCGAGCAAUAUUUCUAUCAAGAGAUAGCACCAAAGCUAUCAGAUGAUGUCGCUGUCGCAAAGGGACUCGCUUCCACUUUAGACAUGGAGAGCAAACCCCGCAAGAAAGAACUUGAGGGUCUCACUGCCACCAUCAUCACGGAUCUGCGACCAGAGUUUCCUGUGGCCGGUGAAAAGAGACUGGUUCUCAACCGCAAGCAGGUCAAUGCUGCGCUGGACUGGCUGGCGAAGUAUCACAGCAUCUCUUGGACAUCGUUGCCAGAUGACCUUGGGCAAUUUGUGCUACCCCCGCUUGAAGAAGCGAAACGAAGGGAGGCUGGUCAUGGUGUCGCCGAGCCCAAGAUAUGGUUGAACGGAGGUUACACAUAUCUCGCUACCAGACGGAAGGAAUACGGGUCGCUAUGCCGAGAUGACUAUUCCGAAUGGUCUUCGGCAUUCUGUGACCCCGUCGAGGGUUCAUCUUCCUCAAUUGCCGAGCUAGUUGCCAGCUUCCUCACACCCUCCGGCAGGCCCUUUGAGACAUACAUCCACGGCGACGUCAAGUCUGAGAACCUCUUCACAACUAAAGCUGGUGAUAAGGUGGCUUUCUUCGACUUCCAGUACGCCGGACUGGGGGUUGGCAGCUGCGAUCUUGCCAAGCUGUUCACCUGUUCGGUACCCGUUGAGUUGCUCACCCACUACGAAGAAAUACCGGAUCAGUUGGCCAUGGGCAAGGGCGAGAGAGCUAUUCUGAAGCAGUAUUGGACCACCCUCCUGAGCCAGAAACCACCAGGGAAGGGACCCGAUGAUUAUGAUUGGGAUCAGUUUAUGCGUCACUGGGAGACUGCCUUGGUAGAUUGGUGCCGCUUCCAGGCAUCUUGGGGCUUCUGGGGAAAUACAGAAUGGCUUGAAGCUAGAGUUAGACAUAUUCUUGCUGACCAAGAAUGGCGAGAUUGGCUCAAGAAGGAGACAAUAAAGCCUUAGAGCGAGGCUUAGAUGGUCAUUGUUCUCUGGUAGAUGAUAGAGAAGUAUCGUCAGAG